UUUUGCUUGCGAGAUGGAACCGUGGCAAAUUAAAACAAUUUUGUAAAUAUUGCAGUUUCCUUUUUUAUUAUAGUUUUUCUUAGUUCUUACUCAUGAAAUAAGGAUAAAAAAUGGAUCAAAUGCAAGUUCCAGCAAGCUUGCCACACAUAGUGCAAGUUUAUCCACCGUCUGUGUCCAUACACCCUUCACUGCAGUCCCAAGGCAAGGUCUCCUACCAACAGACUAUAACGUCUGAAUCUCUCCACAUACCAGUGUCAUCUCACAUACAUGAAAUCCAGAACCAGCAUCUGAUAUCACAAAAUCAAACUGUUAUGUCAUGCCAGCAGAUACAUUUGCAGAAUGUUCAACCACUGCAAACACAGAUGCAAUCUCAGGUCUUGCAAGGCGAUAUGAGCCAACAGCUCCAGAUAACAUCACACGUCAUCCUCCCCCCAGUGCCAAUGUUCAAGCAGCACUUGCUAACAAACACUUUACAGCAGCAGUUCUAUGGACAGUAUGAGGCAUAUUUGAAAGACACCCAGUGCGUUGUUGCCAAGUUGGAGACUAAUGUACCAAUGGUUAAUGAAAAGGAGAUAGAACUAAAACCAGAAACUCAGAUCCGAGGUGACUCCGUAGAUGUCACAUCCAUGAAAAAAAGACCUCGCAACCAAAUACCUAAUCCCAACAAAUGGGCCUGUAACGUACGUAAACUGAAGCAUCAGCGAGGUGAAGCCUAUGUAAGCAGACGGGGCAAACUUGUCCCGGAGAGACACGUCCGGAAUACAAAAGACUGUCUGAAAUCCUGUCGAUAUAAGUGCAGUGAGAGAAUCAAUGACGUUGAUCGUCAGCACAUAUUCAAAGCGUUCUACUCCCUCAACGCGAAUGAAAAGAAACACUUCUUGCUGAACACAACGGAACGUAAUUACGUUAAACACAACAAAUUAAUGGACGGCAACCACAAGAGAAAGUAUUCUUUUAAAUAUUUCUUCCUAGUGAGAGCGGUUAGAUAUACCGUUUGCAAGAAUUUCUAUUUGGGCACAUUGGCGAUAUCUCAGAAGCCUGUGUAUAACGUCCAUCUAGGUAAAUCCGAGAUGAAUUUGCCAAAACCGGACGGUAGAGGUCUGUCAGAAGCGAGCGCACACUCAUUGUCCACAGAAGUCAAAGACAGAGUCCGGAAACAUAUAAUGUCCUUUAAUACAAUAGAUUCGAAGGCUAUUAAACAGUUUUCUAGAAAAAAGCAGUAUUUAGAAUCCAGCUUAAGCAUAAAACAGAUGUAUAACAUGUACGCAACAGAAUGUACUAAGGAUGAUACUGUGGUUGUUAAGGAAUCUAUGUAUAGGAAGAUUUUUAAACAGGAAUUCAAUUUGCAUUUCAAGAAAGACAAGACUGGCCAGCAGUUGUGUUGUAGAUGUAAAGGAUCCAUAAAGAAAAAGUGAUAAUUUCUUGUGCCCGUAUACUUGAUAUAAGUGCUAUUUUUAUAUUUGCCGCGUGUGGCCGUGGGUUCAUUCCCACAACUGGAAAAUGUUUGUGUGAUGAACAGGAAUGUUUUUCUGUGUCUGGGUGUUUAUGUGUGUUUUUAUAA